AGUCGGCGUCAUGUGCCGGCCCGCCGUGCCCCUCUGUUCGCCGUCGACCGGCCGGCCACUCGCUAUCACUCUACCUCGCUAGAAAGUUCCAAACGACUACGGCAUCCUCUGACUCCCCCGCUCUCGGUCCGCAUUUCCAUUGUGCUUUCUCCGUUGCAUGCAGCCUCGUCUCUUCUCGCAUCUAGCCUCCGCCCUCAGCUCACCACCACGACCCGAGGGAAAGGGAGAGGGGACGAAUGGCGAGCUCUCAGUGCUGCGAUAACCCGCCAGCCCUGAUCCCGGCCUGCGGGAAGGGCAAGGUCGUCGACAGCUUCGGCGGGCUCAAGGCCUACGUCGCCGGCCCCGAGGACUCCAAGGCCGCCGUCGUCCUCGUUGCCGACGUCUUCGGAUUCGAAGCGCCGAUUCUGAGGAACAUAGCCGACAAAGUUGCUUCGUCAGGGUACUUUGUUGUGGUACCAGAUUUCUUUCAUGGGGAUCCUUAUGUACCUGAGAAUGCUGAGAAGCUCAUACCUGUGUGGCUGAAGUCACAUACUCCGGAAAAAGGGUUUGAAGAGGCAAAACCAGUUAUUGCGGCUCUAAAGGAGAAGGGAGUGUCUGCCGUUGGAGCUGCAGGGUAUUGCUGGGGUGCAAAGGUCGUUGUGGAGUUGGCAAAAGCAAAUGAGCUCCAGGCUGCUGUACUGUUGCACCCUUCUUUUGUUACCGUCGACGAUAUCAAAGAGGUCAAAUGCUCAAUCUCUAUACUUGGAGCUGAGAUGGAUGUGAGGUCCCCACCAGAGUUAGUCAAGCAAUUCGAGCAAGCCCUUUCUGUGAACUCAGGGGUUGGUCACUUCGUCAAGGUCUUCCCUGGCGUGGCGCAUGGGUGGAGCGUGAGAUACAGCCUCGAUGAUGCAGCUGCCGUGAAGAGCGCUGAGGAAGCCUUUGCGGACAUGCUCGACUGGUUCAACAAGAACCUAAAAUGAACUCUGCAGUUGUCAUCAUGCCUUGUAAUAAUAACUAGUAACUUGUGCGCGCCUCGCGCGCGUAGUAAACGUUUUGUAAUAUAAGUGAUAAGAAUACCUAUGUGGCAUGAUUACGAUCAUUACUUGCUAUAUUGAAUCCAUUUAUAUCC